UGGUGCCGUAGUGUGCUUUGACAGGAGGAAAGGGUUCUUUGGACAGACUGAGAAGUGUUCUUUAGACAGACUGAGAGAAGUGUUCUUUAGACAGACUGAGAGAAGUGUUCUUUAGACAGACUGAGAGAUGGGUUCUUUUUUCCAAAGUGAGGAGAUGUGUCUUGUUCAACUCUUCUUCCAGACAGAAUCAGCCCACUACUGCAUCAGUGAGCUCGGAAAUCUGGGACUUGUGCAGUUUAGAGAUCUGAAUCCAGAUGCGUCGGCCUUUCAUAGGAAGUUUGUAAAUGAAGUGAGGAAAUGCGAAGACAUGGAGAGAGUCCUCAGGCUUCUGCAGAAGGAGAUGAUGAAGAGUGAUAUCGCGGUGGCCAAGGGCUCGGACACAGAGCGGGUGCCCUGUCCUCGGGAUGUGUUUGAACUUGAGUCUACGCUUGAGAAGUUGGAGCAGGAGCUGAGGGAGAUCAACUCCAACCAGGACACACUGAAGCACAACUUCACCGAGCUCAUGGAGAUGAAGUACCUGCUGCAGAUGGCUGAGGACUUCUUUGAACAGGCGGAGUGCCAGCUGUCGGUCUCUGAGCUGCCGUCCGAGGACUCCAUCACGCUGACCACCUCAUCACGCAUGGCCAGGCGCACCAGCAGCAUCGCCAGCCACACUGGCCCGCUCAAACUGGGGUUUGUAGCAGGAGUAAUCAGGCAUGAGAGAUUCCUCUCCUUUGAGAAGAUCCUGUGGCGACUGUUUCACGGCAACUUUGUUCUGCGUCAUGCUGAAAUCCAGAUCCAGGAGGAGGAGAACAACACAGAGGGGCCAGUGAAGAAAGUUGUGUUCAUAAUAUUCAUACAAGGAGAUCAUGUCCGGAGAAAGAUCCAGAAAAUAUGUGAAGGCUUCCAUGCUGGUCUGUAUCCCUGCCCAAACGCACCUGCUGCCCGGAAAAACAUGAGGGUCAACGUCAGCACUCGUAUCUCAGACCUCAAAAUGAUCCUGAAGAAGACCGAGGAGUACCGUCAGAACGUCUUGACCGCGGCCGCUGGCCACAUCCAGGACUGGAGCACCAAAGUGAGGAAAAUGAAGGCCGUCUACUACACCCUGAACCUCUGCAACAUCGACAUCACACAGAAGCUGAUCGUGGCCGAGAUCUGGUGUCCGGUGUCUGACCUCGCGUCCGUGCAGGCCGCCCUGAUGAAGGGAUCUGAGCAGAGUGGCUGUAGUGUGAACCCUGUUUUAAACCGCAUCCCCACUAGCCACACGCCCCCAACCUUCAACAGGACCAACGCCUUCACCGCGGCCUUCCAGAGCAUCAUCGACGCCUACGGAGUGGCCGACUACCAGGAAAUCAACCCAGCUCCCUACACCAUUGUGACGUUCCCAUUCCUCUUCGCCAUCAUGUUCGGGGACUGUGGUCACGGCCUCGUCAUGAGUCUGCUGGCCGUCUGGGUCAUCUACCAAGAGGAACACUUCCGCCAUUUAAAGAAUGAGCUGAUCGAUGUGUUGGUGGGCGGACGCUACAUCUUGCUGCUCAUGGGCCUUUUCUCCAUCUACACGGGCCUCAUCUACAAUGACUGCUUCUCCAAGUCCUUCAACAUCUUCGGGUCCUCCUGGAGCGUCAGGCCCAUGUUCUACCCCCACGGGCCCUGGACGAAUGACACUCUCCAUGGCAACGCUCACCUCCAGCUGGACCCUGCCGUGCCCGGCGUCUUCUCCGGGAGUCCCUACCCGUUCGGCAUAGACCCGGUGAGUGAGGGAGAGGAUCCAGUGAUUCUGCCGGCAUGGAAACGCUACGUCACACUUCGGGACUCAAUUUGUCCUAUGGGCUCUGUGCACCAGCUUACUUGGAAUCGGCAAACCGGUUUCCCGUUUGUUGACAUUGCUGUCAACAAGCACCUGGGGGGUAUUCCAUCAAGCUCGCUAAAGGCCAAACCUCUAAUUUUAGUGUUUGGGAGCAGAGAGCAGAACCAGCAGGCCGCUGCAGACGGGAGUGCUGGCUUUGCACCUGGGCACAAGCAGGAAAUGGCACCUGGGCACAAGCAGGAAAUGGUCAGCAUGGGGGACAUGUUUGUGUAUCAGGCCAUUCACACCAUCGAGUACUGCCUGGGGUGCAUCUCCAACACCGCGUCCUAUCUGCGCUUGUGGGCUCUAAGUUUAGCCCAUGCAGAGCUCUCGGAGGUCCUGUGGAAGAUGGUGCUCCACGUGGCUCUGGGCAACACGUCCGGCCUGGGCUCUGUGCUGGUGGCGCUGAUCUUUGCCGCAUUCGCCGCCCUCACAGUGGCCGUUCUGCUGGUCAUGGAGGGCCUGUCUGCAUUCCUGCAUGCACUCAGACUUCACUGGGUGGAAUUUCAGAACAAGUUCUACAAAGGAUCGGGUUACAAGUUUACUCCGUUGUGUUUUGACAGCCUAAUGAGUAUGUAGUGACAAGCCUCUUAACUCCAGAGAACAGGCUGGGGAUGGCAACACAGUAUAGAGUUACACACACACACACACACACACAUCCAACAAGCUUAUUGACAGAUCGACACACAGCACAUGCUUGAUUCGACUUGACCU